CGUUAGAUUUCAUUGUAGAAAAUUUCUGCGGCUGAAAAUCAGUUCCAUUCAUGUGAAUAGGGUUGUUUUGGCUGGAAGCACAUGGGCUUCUCCAAUCCUCUGCAGAUGAAUGGAACGGAUUCUCAGUCGCAGUGAAGGCGCCUCAGGCUUUAAGUUCAUUCAUGUCACUAUUUCGUACGAAUCCUAAAACACUUAUUAUUUGAUGGAUGGUAUUUUGUAGGGAAAGAUGGCCGCUCUGCAUGUCACCCAGCACCAUGCUUGUGCAUUGUGAUGUCACCCAGCAGCAAUCUCUAUUGUGAUGUCAGUUGGAUGUGACACGUUCGCAGGCUGAAGGGAUUUGUGACAGAACGUCAUGCGAUUCUUUACUUCCUAUUAUCUGCUGCUGCAGAUCAUAGUAUUUCUAUGUGGAGCUCAGGUAGCGACAUCUUGCCUGAAAUGCUUCACCACCCAGCGGACAGAGCCAGCAUCUGUUACCAUGCGGUCUCGCUGGACACAAUGGGGGCCGAAGAAUGUCUCCAGAGGCUACACUGGGGCUUUGACCCCCUGAAUAACAUCUCUAUAGCCUUCAACCAGAUACACAACAUCAGAAAGUAUCUCAAGACCUUUGAAAAAGAGGUCAAGAAAAUUGAAAAACUAUCUUGGGUAGAACAGUUUGACAAAAAGAUGGCUGAAUUUGUGAAAGGCGUGAAAGAUCGUGUCGCAAGUCAUCCACCGGUGGAAUGCAGACCUCCAUGUGGGCUUCAAAAAGCUGCCCGAACCUUCUCAUGCAGCCGCUGUGCUGAGGAGGACUGCAACAUCCCGGUGACCUGUCCCCUUAAGGACAUCAAGGUGGAAGAGCUGGAAGAGACCAGAAUCUGGUGCACGGCGUCCUUUAUCCUUCCCGAUCAUCCGAAGGUUGUUUGGAAGUACGCCAAAAACAUAAAAAAAACGGAUUUGAGUAAUUUUAAAGACUUCUACAUUGGGGAUGACCUGGAUGUACACAUCAAGCCAACCAGAGUCAGCCAUAAAGGAACUUAUGCCUGUGAGAUAAUGGAUGAGGAUGAUGACAUCAUACUCCGAAGAUUCUUUUAUCUCGAUGUGACGCAGACUAAAUCCAAGGCAGUCGAGGAAAUAGAAGCUGAAUUCCAUCGAGCUCUGGCAGAAAAACUACCUACCCAGGAGGAAGAGGAGGAGAGGAUUGAACAUGGUCCCUCCACAAAAGACAUCAUCCUCACCUUCCUCCAGAGCCAUGUCAGCUAUGCCAUCUACGCUGCUGUCUGCUGUCUAAUUGUCACCGUAUUGGUCGGGUUCCUUUGGCGUCAUGCCCUGAGUGUAGACUGGUCGGAAAAAACAUCAGCACCAAGAACCAGCUUCCCACCAGAACACAACCUGCCAUAGAACAAAUCAGCCAUCUGGAGUCAACAACAACAGACUCCCAAGGGGUAUCACCAACUACCCCUCAUCUGCAGCCAACCAUCUCUGCAGACCUAAACCUUACCUAAAAAAGAAAAAAAAAC